AUGCUUCCCCCGACCGCGGCUUUGAUCGCCACCGUGCUUAGUCACAGCCAGCCGUCGGAGCACGACGGAGCGCGCGCUCCUCCCCGUUACGAACGAGAGGGGAGGGAGCCGAUUUACAACGACCAUGGCGUGUCGGGUAUGUCCAUCAUGCAGCGCUUAUUGUUGACAAAGGAGAGGUGCACGGUCGUGGCCAUCCGGAGCUGCGUCGAGUGGGAACCCGAGUCCUUCCCGCUGGCGGCGACGAUCCUCGGCAAGCCGGUCGUUCCUCUCGGCCUUCUGCCGCCCUCAGCCGAUGCAGCCCGCCGUGCCGCCACCAGCGGAGCAGAGCAUGCCACCGUGCGCUGGCUGGACGCGCAGCCGCCCGGCUCGGUGGCGUACGUGGCGUUGGGGAGCGAGGUGCCGCUGCGCAUGGAGCAGGAGCACGAGCUGGCCCUCGGGCUGGAGCGCUCCGGGAUUGACUUCCUCUGGGCUCUCAGGAAACCCAGCGGCGCCGGCGCGGCCGCCGUCGACGCCGACAUCCUCCCUCCUGGUUUCCAAGAGCGCACGCGUGGCCAGGGGCUGGUGACCACGGAGUGGGUUCCCCAGAUGAGCAUCCUGGCGCACGCGGCCGUGGGCGGGUUCCUGACGCACUGCGGCCGGAGCUCGCUGAUCGAGGGCCUCCUGUUCGGGCACCCGCUCGUCAUGCUGCCCAUCUUCGGUGACCAGGGGCCGAACGCAAGGCAAAUGGAGGCGAAGAAGGUGGGGCUGCAGGUGGCGAGGGACGAGAACGACGGCUCGUUCGACCGCCGUGUCGUCGCGGCGGCGGUCCGGGCCGUCAUGGCUGACGGAGAGGCGAGGAGGGGCUUCUUGGCAGGCGCAGCGAGGAUGCAGGAGGUGGUAGCAGAUACAGAGCGGCAUGAGAGAUACAUCGACCAGUUUGUACAGCAGCUCAGAUCUUACUCCGCUGUAGGUGCAACGAAUUGA